AUGAGUAAACUUUUUGCUUUGCAGAAUGAAUUCAACUACAGCUCUCCUUACUGGACAAACAAGGAAACCUACGCAGUUGAAGAUGGACUUGAAGGUUUGAAUGAAAAGCAGACAAAACUUGCUUCUUACUGGAACACACCGUUUAACAAAAUAUGCCUCGGAAUGAAAGUCAAUGGUGCUACAAAAUGGAUAGUGUUAAACUACACCACAAACUCGUUACACAGUGUGAUCGAAGACGGGACUUUUAAAAAAACAACCGUUGGAAAGGAAGCAUGGAAGUCUCUUAUCGAUGGUUCGUCUUUGCAAGAAAACUGUAAUAAAGAAGGAUUUAAUAUACAAAUGAAUUACGCGGUUUACGCGUGGCGGUGGUACACGAACAUACGAAUUGGUUUGCUGGCAAAUAAUGAAAACCACUGCGGUAGUUGUGACUUGUGCAUUGAGUUUGGAACUUCAGUAAGUGGAUGCGAGGAUGACGUAAGGAACACAACGUGCGGCAAUAUGGCUGUUUGUGAUCAGCUGAAAAAUAAGAACACGGCAGCAUUUGGAUAUCAUAUACUCGUACAGUAG